AUGGAAAAGUUUUCAAAGGAGGAUUUCUCCUGUCCUGUGUGUCGUGAAAUCUUCAGGGAUCCUGUUAUUCUGCACUGCAGUCACACUGUAUGCAAAGUGUGUUUGGAGCAGUUCUGGAAGACUAAGAGAAACAGAGAAUGUCCUGUUUGUAGGAGGAAGUCAUCUAUGGAAUUACCUCCCCUAAACCUGGCUUUAAAGAACCUGUGUGAGACUUUCUUACAGGAGAGAAGUCAGAAAUCUUCAUCAGCACCUGAAACUGUCUGUAGUCGGCACAGUGAGAAACUCAAACUCUUCUGUCUGGAUGAUCAACAGCUGGUAUGUGUGGUGUGUCAGACUUCGAAAGAGCAUAGAAACCAUAAACUUCUCCCCAUUGAUGAGGCAGUAACAGACUGUAUGGAGAAACUCCAAACUGCACUGAAGCCCCUACAGAAGAAACUGAAGAUCUUUAACGACUGUAAACUGAACUGGAGUCGGACAGUAGAACAUAUAAAGAUCCAGGCCCGACACACAGAGCGUCAGAUUAAGGAGGAGUUUGAGAAGCUUCACCAGUUUCUACAAGAUGAAGAGGCAGCCAGGAUCGCUGCACUGAGAGAGGAAGAGGAGCAGAAGAGUCAGAUGAUAAAGGAGAAGAUUGAGAAGCUGAGCAGAGACAUAUCCUCUUUUUCAGACAGAAUCAGAAUCAUAGAAGAGGAGAUGAGAGCUGAAGACGUCUCGUUCUUACAAAACUACAAGACCACAGUGAAAAGAGCCCAGUGCACACUGCAGCAUCCAGAGGAGCUUUCAGGAGCAUUGAUCCAUGUGGCAAAACAUCUGGCCAACCUGAAGUUCACAGUUUGGCAGAAGAUGCAGCAAGCUGUUCAAUACACAUCUGUAACUCUGGACCCCAACACUGCUCAUCCUAAACUCAUUGUAUCUGAUGAUCUGACCAGUGUGAGACUCAGUGAUGAGAAACAGAAAUUUCCUGAUAAUCCAGAAAGGUUUGAUGAAUAUGAGUGUAUCCUGGGCUCUGAGGGCUUUAACUCAGGAACACACUGCUGGGAUGUUGAAGUUGGAGACUGUAGAUGUUGGUCUGUGGGUGUGAUGACAGAAUCUGCUCAGAGGAAGAGAGAGAUAAUCUUCAGAAGUGGAAUCUGGCGUAUGGCGUAUUCUCAAGGUGAAUAUACAGCAGGUUCGACACCACAACCAGUUACUCCGCUCUCACUAUCACAGGAACUCCAGAGAAUCAGAGUGCAGCUGGAUUGGGACAGAGGAAAACUGUCAUUCUCCGACCCUCUCACUAACACACACAUACACACUUUCACACACACAUUUACUGACAAAUUACUGCCAUUCCUAAGUGUUUACGGUGAAGAAUCUCCUGUAAAGCUCCUCCCAUUUCAGUGCUCUGUAAGAGUGAAUCAGAUCAGUUAAUUCAGAGUUCAUUAAUUAAA